UAAAACCAAUUCAUAACGGAUCGAAUGACGUCAUCGUUGCAUAGCAUGAGGUGAUAGUACAAGUGACAAAUCCAAGAUGGCGAUGGUAAUUUCGCAGACGACGAAAGCUGCUAUUGGUGGAUUCUUGGCUCUCAUGAUCUUAGGAGCUGUUCUCGUUGUUGGUGCUGCUUUCGGGUGGUUCAAUCCGAGAAGAGAAGAUGAAGAUACUCCAGCUAAAGUUAGUGCUAGACUUCAAGGAAGGACUUCUUUUGUUACACAUCGUGCUGUAAACCCAGAUGAGAACAGACUGGCUGUCGUGUCACACACAUCGCCGUUUUUCAUUGGCGAUAAAGGAGAGAAAGGAGAUAAUACGUUGGGGCCUGGACAAUGCAGAUGUAGUUUAAAUGACAUCUCACAAAUUCUGGAAAUAAUGCCAGAAUUAAAAGGUCCACCAGGCCCACAGGGGCCUACAGGAGCUGACGGUACUACUGGUGCUCCUGGGAAAACGGGACAAAUGGGUGAGUCGGGCCCGCCUGGGCCGGUGGGGCCAAAGGGAGAUAGAGGAGAGAGGGGUGAGACUGGCGCACCAGGUUCCGAAGGUCAAACGGGGCCUAAAGGUGAUCCUGGUUCAGAUGGAGCACCCGGGCUACAGGGACCCCCUGGUCCACCUGGUCCACCAGCACCUAUAACGUCAGCAUUAAUAGAAUCAACGGGAUUAUACGGGUCUAGUAAUCCUGGGAUACUUGGAGAGAGGGGUCCAAUGGGCCUCCCGGGUCCUCAAGGAGAAAGAGGAUAUCAAGGAAAUAAAGGCGAGAGAGGAUUACAUGGCCCUAAAGGGGACAAAGGAGAAAGGGGCUACGUCGGCCUGAGAGGGCCACAUGGCGCGAAGGGAGAGCGAGGCCAACCCGGGCGCGAUGGCACGCCGGGCCUGCCGGGCCCUCACGGGCGCCCCGCCGAAAAAGGCGAAAAAGGUGCUCGCGGUCUUCCCGGCCCCCCAGGACCAGCCGUCCCAGUUAUAUCUGAAAACGCUAUAUCAACUGACGUCACGCGCACAGAAGCGGCGCUCUUGAAAGGCGGAAAGGGCGAUAGAGGGGAGAAAGGAGACAAGGGCGAAAAAGGUCUUCGAGGGAUGGAAGGUGCCCAAGGCUUUCCGGGGACAGAUGGCAAACCAGGGGAACGUGGUGAUAUCGGCCCAUCUGGUUUACCUGGGACCCAAGGUCCUCCUGGUUUGAACGGGCCAAAAGGUGACAAAGGAGAAGCCGGUCCACCUGGACCAGUGGCAUUAUCAAGAGAUGAAGCGUUGGUGCUAACGAAGGGUGAUAAAGGUGAUACAGGGCCUAGGGGUAAACGUGGACAUCCUGGUCCACCUGGACCUCGAGGGCCACCUGGUCUUCCUGGACCACCUGGGACUCCUGGCAGCAAUGGAAGACUUGGAGAUAUAGGGCUGCCAGGGUGGACGGGCGCGCCCGGGGCCGUCGGCCAGCCAGGCGCACCCGGCCCGAAAGGUGAAAAAGGAGACCCUGGCGGAACCCCACUUGACUUAGAAAAGGUAAAAGGUGAGAAAGGUGAUCGAGGGUAUGAUGGGGCUCCUGGUCCGCCGGGCAAGGAGGGGCCUAGAGGCCCACCAGGACCGCCAGGAUCCCCAGCAACUAAUAUCCAAUACAUGACCGUCCCCGGCCCCCCGGGGCCUCCGGGGCCACCAGGACCGCCCGGCGUGUAUCCAAAUGAAAUGCCAGAUACAUUGACCGAUAGCCCUGGAAUUAAUCGUCACGAACCUUCCGGAGGAAAACAACGCGAUCCUCUACAAAUUAUAAGAAACUUGAACCAUCUGGUACAAUACCGCCAGGAGCAGUACGCGUUCCGAGAUCCUUUGGACCCUCUUGGAGAUUCGGGGGAUUUUGAGGAUGAUGAAGAUGGAAGAGCCAUUGUCGGAACAAUAUUGUUCAAGACUACUGACUCUUUGAUUCGGCUCGGAACAAGCAGCCCACUAGGCACUUUGGCGUAUGUCAUUCAAGAGCAAGCGUUGCUAGUCCGGGUCAACAACGGCUGGCAGUAUGUAGCUAUGGGCUCUUUGUUGGCUAUCCACACCCCACCAGCCGGAGGACCCACUCGAUCGCCUUUGCAGAACAUUUUAGAGACUUCCAGUUUAGUGCACCAUAAGAAUCCAGCUAUAGAGGGCCCUGUGUUACGCCUGGCAGCUCUCAAUGAGCCUCAUACAGGAGAUAUGCAUGGAGUUAGCAGUAGUAACUAUGAGUGCAGAAGACAAUCUUUGAGAGCCAAUAUGGAUGGCACAUUUAGAGCCUUUAUAUCGUCUAGGGUUCAAACAAUAGACUCUAUCGUAAGUUGGGUGGAUAGAGAGAUUCCUGUAGUGAAUACGAGGGGCGAUGUGCUGUUUAACUCGUGGGGUGAGAUGUUCGACGGGUCAGGAGCCCUCUUCGCCCACGCUCCCCGGAUUUACAGCUUCAGUGGACAAAAUGUCCUUAUGGAUCCUGGAUGGCCUACUAAAGCGGUGUGGCAUGGCGCUAACCCGAAUGGUGAACCAGCAAUGGAUGCGUACUGCGAUGCUUGGCACAGCAGUAGUCCAGACAAGUUUGGGCUCGCGUCUUCGCUUCGCUCCAAUAAGCUUUUAGACCAAGAAACAUAUUCAUGCAGUAGUAGACUAAUAGUGUUAUGCGUGGAAGCAACUCCUGUAGACACAGUAAGAAGAAAAAAACGAUCGAAGUACCACAACGCCUCAGAGAAAAUGCAAUUUUUAAAUGAUAUCGAAGAAAGAAACGAAACUAGGCGAAAGUUAUAGACAUUGACUAGAUAUUGAUAUUAGUGUUUAAGUAAAAAAAAAAAUGUGAAGACUGUAAAUAAAUUGUAUGUAGAUAAAAUGUUCUCGUAAAGCAAUGAUUCCGGUGGAACAUAUCGACAAUAUUAAUAUCUCAAAUAAUAUAAAUGACGCAUUUUUAGUACUAUCAAUCUGUUAAGCUUUGGUCGUACUUGUGUGGAACCGCGGCGGUGGAAACAAGCAACUGAAUAGGAAUACCCGCCUGCAGCUCUUGUUGUGAUUUUGUCUCGUUCCAGAUUUUCAUACCGUAAAAAAUACAUAACAUCACGCCUUUUAUCUCUGAAGUUAUAGUGGCCAUUACGGCACCUAAUGCCACUGCACAAUGUAACAACCACUUAUCACUAUUUAUGUCAUGAGUCCCAUAUCAUAGGGGGUGCCUAUUGCCUUAUAUCGAGCACUAUUCUAGACUCCAUGCUACUAUUGAGAAAUUAUUGAAAAGCCCUAUAAUACUUUGCUCGACUCUGGAAUUGAUCAAGGGGUCUGACGUCAGGCAAGGGCCCGGCAGUCGCUCUUGCGACCACUCGGCCAACAAGUUAGACAAAAAUAUUACGCGGUGAGAAACUGCCGCGGUUCCGCCGUAAUGCGGCCAGGGCCUUAUUUAUUGUAUAAUAAAAUUAUAGGCUUCUGAUUGUGGAUUUUCCGUAUGUAUCUACUUAUUUAUUAGAAUGCGUUUUAAUCACAAUACAAUACAUUAAAUAAUUUAAAUCACAUGUCGGUUCAGUCUCUACACUGCCAUAAGACACCAAGUAAGAAAUGGGACUUGUAGGUAUUAUUAGUGAGUUAGCUUUAUCAGAGACUUAUAGAGAACUUGUGAAAAUAACCCUUAGUUAACAAUGAAAUAAAGUAAAGUAUAGAAUAUCAAGUGAAAGCGAUCGCAUUACUGACGAAUCUAGGUAUAUUGUCAGCCAUUUUGAUUGGCCAUUUAAUUGACAGUUCAUUUCUGUGUUGCCAGAAUUGUUACCAUAACUCUCUAUUAGUUUUACCUGUGCCAAAACCAUAUAAUACUGUGAGAUUUAUAACAUAACAUAACGCCUUUUAUCCCCGAAGGGGUUUUUUAA